UUUUUUUUUAUUUACUUGUUUACUUACGUGUGUGUUUGUUUACAUUCUCAUUUUUUUUUAUAUAAAUACUACAUAUAUAUAUCUACACUAUGAAUGAAGAAUAUGAUGUUAUUGUUCUUGGUACUGGUUUGACCGAAUGUAUCUUGGCUGGUAUCUUAUCUGCUGAAAAGAAACGUGUUUUACAAAUGGAUAGAAACGAUUACUAUGGUGGUAAUACUGCGUCUCUUCACCUGAACCAGCUUUAUCGUCAAUUCAGACCAGAUGUUCCUGUUCCUGAAGAACUUGGUAAUAGCCGUGAUUAUAAUGUUGAUUUGAUUCCCAAGUUCUUGAUGGCUCAUGGUGAAAUUGUCAAGUUCCUGGUUCAUACUGGUGUGACAAGAUACCUCGAAUUCAAACAAAUUACUGGCUCUUUUGUGUACGUCGAUGGCAAAAUCACUCAUAUGCCUGCCAGUGAAACUGAAGCUUUGGCAUCUCCUUUAUUGGGUUUGGUGGAAAAACGUCGUUUACAAAAAUUCUUUGAAUUCAUUCAAAAUUACAAGGAAGACGAUGAAUCCACUCAUGACGGCGUUAACUUUGAUACUAUUACUACUGCUGAUCUUUACAAGAAAUUUGGAUUGGAACCUGGAACUCAGGAUUUAAUUGGACAUGCUAUGGCUUUACAUUUGGAUGAUUCUUAUCUUGAACAACCUGCUCGCUCUACCAUCGACAAGGUUAUUCUUUAUAUUGGUUCCAUUGCUCGUUACGGAAAGACCCCUUAUAUUUAUCCUCUCUAUGGUUUAGGUGAACUCCCUCAAUCAUUUGCAAGAUUGAGUGCUAUCUAUGGAGGUGUUUAUAUGUUGGGACGAGCUGCUGAUGAAAUCAUCUAUGAAAAUGGGGUAGCUGUUGGUAUCAAGUCUGAAAACGAAAUUGCUCGCGCUAAACAUAUCAUCUGUGAUCCCUCUUAUGCAAAGGACAAGGUGAAGGCUACUGGCAAAGUUGUACGCGCUAUUUGUAUCCUCAAACAUCCUAUUCCUAACACCAAUGAUGCUGAUUCUUGUCAAAUUGUUCUCCCUCAAAAUCAAAUUGGUCGUAAACACGAUGUUUACGUUGCUUGCGUUUCUAACAACCAUUAUGUAGCUCCCAAAGAUAGCUAUUUGGCCAUUGUCUCUACUAUUGUUGAAACUGAUGAACCGGAAAAAGAAGUCGAAGCUGGUUUGGCUUUAUUGGGUCCUAUUCAUGAAAAGUUUAUCUCCGUUUUGGAUAUUGAAGAACCAUUGGAGGAUGGUACCCAGGAUCAAGUAUUUAUCUCUCGCUCAUAUGAUGCUACUUCUCAUUCUGAAUCAGUUUGUGAUGAUGUCAAGGAUAUGUAUCGUCGCAUCACUGGCAAUGAUUUGGAACUCAAGCAAAUCGCAUUGAAAUCGGAAGACGAAGAACAAACUUCUGAAGCCUAGUUAGUAUCCAUCAUCAUCAUCAGUAUUAUUAUUAUUAUUAUCUUGGAAAUACCACAAAAUCAUCUAUCAUUAGUUAGUUUUCUAUUUUUUUUUUUUCUCUCUUUCUCUUACCCUAUCACAUUCCCUUUCUAUUUCUGUCUCUGCUAUCUUUUCUUCUUAUACCUUUUAUUAUUAUUAUUAUUAUUUACUUUUUUUUUCUGCUUUCAAACAAAUAAACACCCUUCUGCUCCUUUGGAGAUGUUUGAAAUCAAAUAUUCAAAUUGAAUUUCAUUGGUGAAUGAUAU